AUUAUUAAACUACCUCAUCAUGUUAUCAUCUUGUUCAAAUAAAUAAGAAAGAUAUAACUUGGAAGGCCGUUUUACUUAUACAUUGAUCAGGAAAAAUGGAGAUCCUUUGGCUUUUCUUUGCGCUCUUAAUUUCAUCUGUGACAGGUGAAGGGGAAAAAUUGAUCGUCAUUGGGGGCCAAGGCCCGGAUGUCAAUGAGGUUGUGGAUCUAUUUACUGAUUCUUUGUAUGAAAAUUGCACUGAAAUCCAACGAUAUCCUAUUGGAUUUGUCGGUGGGUCUGCUCUGAAAAAUAGUGAUGGUCUUUUAUUCUGCGGUGGUCAAGCUAACUACAAGGAAUGCUUUCGAUAUGACGUGAAUGAUGAAAACUCCUGGUCUCUUCUAAACUUUGGAACAAUCCAACAUCGAGUGUAUUCCGCCAGUGCUCCUUACUCCGCGGAUGGAUGGUGGAUUACUGGAGGAUACCAUGAUCAGAACAGUUCUUUACUAUCUACCGAAAUCCUUCAAAGUGGAUCCUUUGUUCCUGGGCCAAACCUCCCAACUCCUUUAUAUCAACAUUGUCUGGUCAGAAUCGACGAGACCAGAUACUUUUUGACCGGGGGCCUUCCCUAUUCAACAUCGGCUUGGAUUUUUGACACCAACACUCAAGUUUGGGAAGAAGUGGCCAAUCCGAGCGUGCUUAGGAAAAGUCCCUAUUGUGGAUUGUCCAAGACUUUCAACGGGGAAUUUCAGAUCGUGGUAUCGGGCGGAUUCGACGGGAUGACCCCCUUGGACUCUGUGGAAAUAUUUUCAGUGUCAGACCAAUCUUGGCGGUUUGGACCCAGUUUGCCUCAACCUAUGGGAAGGGGAGCCACGUCUAGCUAUGGAGACACUUUCAUUUUAGUCGGUGGAUAUGGCGAUGGAGGCUAUGUCAAAGACUUGUAUCAAUAUGAACCGGACUCCGGGACCUGGGCCACAUUACCUCAGAAAUUGCAAAAAGGAAGGUCAAGACAUGUGGCAUUGGUGGUUGACGUUAAAGAUUUAAAUUGCACGCAACCAUUGGCUUGAGUGACAAAGUAUAAUUCAGAAUGAUUAUUUUGUGUCACAGGAGAAAAUCUGCAAUAUCCUCCUUCA